AGUAGUAGAAGAAGCCGAAGUAAAAUUUCUGCAGUAUACUGUAUUUUAGAACAAAAUCGCUAAAGAUGUGUUUGGCAGAUUUAGCGAUACGUAGUUCGUGCAAUUCUCCGUUGUUUUUCAAGCGAAAAGAGAUGUGCGCACGGGGAAAGCAGCGCAAAAAAUUACAGAAGAUUUUCGCAAAAAAUCUCAGCGUGAGGGAAGGUGUAACCUGCUAUGAAUCACAGCUUCAAGUAGAAGAAGAAGAAGUGUUAGUUGAGAGAAAGUUCGUGAUAAUGAGCAAUGAUAUAGGGCAUCGAAAUUUUGAAGAUGAAACUGGAGUGACCGCAACAGUUAAGCAAAAUCCAAGUCGCCCUCGAAAGAAAAGAAAUCCCAAAUCAGUAGAAUCAGUAAUGCAGUCACAGGAAAAGAGGAGGAGGUCUGAAAGACAAAGAAAACAAAAAAAUUUGGACUUGAAAAAAUCCUGUUGCAGUUCAAGGUCCACAUCAGAUGUCAAUACCUCAAGUACUUCAAAGCGUAAGAAAACAGCUAACGCCAGCAGGAAAAAAAGACCUAAUAAGAAGGCUCAGCAGUCAUCCAAAAGGCAAAAGGUAUCAGCCUCUUUCUUCGAUGAUAUCCAGCAAGGAUAUCCUAACAAUAAAAAAAACCACUAUGUAGAGAAAAUUUUAGGAUGCACUGAGAAAAAUGGAAAACGUUAUGUCAUCGUCAAAUGGAAAAAUGUGGACAACCCAACUGUUAUAGAUGAAAGCAGGAUUAAUGAAUAUAUUAAGAACCUGGUGGUAUUUCAUCAUCUGAAAGAAAUAACAAGAAUGAAGAAGAAAGGCAGAGCUCGAAGUAAACCAACUGGUCGUUCCUGUGUUGGUUCUGAGAUUCCAAUGAAAACAGAAAGCUCUUCUGCGAGGGAUUACCGGUCGAAACAGUCUAAAGUUUUUGAAAAAGAAAUUCUAGCAGAUAGGCGUGUCGAUAUCAAGAUUGAAAAUGACUGAAAUUGGUUUUAUAUUCUAUCUGAAACUCAUAAAAUACUGAAACUUAAUGUGUACGGAAGACGUAUUUUCCUGUUUGAGACUGAUGGCACUAAUUUCCUAUUUUUACUUAUACUUCCAAAUAUUUUGACUUUUGAAUUUUAAAAAUCUUUUUUUAAUACCAUAUUUAUUAUUCAUUACGUUAAAUAAUAUACUGUAAAACAGUUCCUGAAGUAUUUAAAAAUGAUUAAGUUUUUGCACACAUUAAACAGAAUGCUUUUUGCUUGUCUGAUUAACAAAUUAUUGCAAAUUUUAAGUUUUUGUGAAUUCACAAGGAAAAUAAACACACGUAAAAUAAUAACUUCUUUAUUAUUAUUAUACACAAAGUAUCGCAGUCAGUAAUUUGAAAAUCAUUAAUGAGAUGUUUCUUGCUAAAUUUAAAUUUUUUAUCGAAAUGUAACUGAUUGAUAAGAUCUAAAUUAUGUAAAUAUACUUUUUUAAUAUUAAGACACCACAAUAUAAUGCAUUUUGUUAAUUUCAUUAAUGUCAAAAAUUUUACUUUAUUUUUUUGGAAAAAAGGGAUAUUAUUUACUUUAGAAAAUUAUAAAUUUUAUUUAAAAUUCUACUAGCUUUGUCCUUAUUUAUAUGCAUAUUCAAAGUGCUAAAUUUGCUUUUCGCAACGUUUAUUGAUGUAUAUUGAUCUAAUAAAUUUUUAUUAAAUAUAAA